AUGGCAUCUGCUAGUCUAAGUGAUAAACUUUGCUGCCCUAUAUGCCUGAGCAUCUAUAGAGAUCCUGUGAUGCUACCAUGUGCUCAUCUGUUCUGUAAUGAAUGUAUUUCUAGCAGUCUUGACCAUCAGAAGAAGUCUGGAAUCUACAUUUGCCCUGAAUGCAGAGCUGAAUUUAAGCAGCGCCCUUUAUUGCAGAAAAACCUGAAGCUGUGUAAUAUUGUGGAACAUUACCUUUCCUUCCAGCAAAAAGAAGAAGAUCCAAAAAUCUGCAUCAUGUCACCUGGGCUUGCUGGGCAAACAUAUCAGCCUGACCUGAAGACCCACAGAAAGUCAGAGAAACCAACUGAGCCGUAUGAUUCUUUGGAAGAAAAUAAAUGUUUAAUCCAUAAUGAACUCUUACAGUAUUUUUGCUUUGAGGAUUCUGCAUUUAUCUGUAUGAGCUGUACCAGAAAUUGUAAACACCAGGGACACAGGAUGGAGACUAUGACAGAGGCAUUUCAGAAAAAGAGAACAACAUUGUCUGAUUUUCUUAAGAAAAUACGUUUACAUAGAAAGGAGACUGAGAAAAGACUGAGGAAACUACAGGAACGUGAAAAGAGGGUACAAGGAAAAGCAACUGAAAUAAAAGAAAGAGUGGCUGCACUAUUUAAAGACAUAAUGGAAGAGAUUGUGAUCUUAGAACAUAAUGUUAUAAAUGAAGUUACUAGACAGGAAGAACAGCUUUCUUUCUCCUUGAAUAAUUUAAUCCACACGUUAGAAAUGGAAACAGCAGAUCUGCAGGCAAAACAGUGCUACGUUGAGCAGCUCUGUAGUAUGACAGACCCAUUAACCCUACUAAACCAACCUGCCAUCAACACUGAUCUUGAAAAAAAACAUUCUGAUAAUAAUAUUGAUGACUUGGAUGAAGUUAGCAUUGCAGUGGCAUUGCAGAAAAGUUUCUCCAGACUCUCUGAUGUUAUUCCAAAACUGAAACGAUCCAGAGGUUUCCUUGUGGAAGAUGCAUCUGAUAUGAUUCUGAAUGUCGACACAGCUGACUUGAACAUUGCUCUUUCAACUGAUUUAAGAAAGGCCUCUUACUGCAAGGAAAAAUAUUCAAGGCCCCAUCAUCCAGAGAGGUUUAUGACUCAACAAGUGUUAAGCACAAAGAAAUUCUCUUCCGGACAGCAUUACUGGGAAGUAAAAAGUGGGAAUGCAGGGGACUGGUACUUAGGUGUGGCAUACAAUAGUGUAGAGCGGAAAGGUGACAUGUCAUACAUUGGAAGUAAUAACAAGUCUUGGUGUUUAAGCUGGGUGGAUAAAGAAUUUCUAGCAGAUCAUGAUGAUGAACAUGAAGUAAUAAAAACAGAGUCAUCAACUUUACAUUUCGGAAUAUAUCUGGACUAUGAAGGAGGACAGUUAUCUUUUUAUGAAUUAUCCAUACCAAUCAGACAUUUAUACACCUUCAAGGCAACUUUCACAGAACCUCUACAUGCUGCAUUUUAUAUAGAUAAGGGCUGCUGGCUACAAAUUGGCAAUUAAAGCUGGUUCAUUUUUUAGAUUAGUAAAUUGUGCCCAAUGAAAACAGAGUGCUCAGCAUGAUGGCCAUAACAUGACAUUUUUUCCUUAUAUAGGCUUUAUUGUGUCAUGUUUUAUAAGAAAGUAAACAGUAGUGCCAUUAGUUUCCUAAUGGCCAUUCAUGUAUUUCCUCUUAAAGUAUAGCGAUGUAUCCAACAUCCAGCUUCAGAAUCUUUAUUUCUGUUUUUUGUCUAUAUUUAGCAUAUACAGUAGAAAUACACACCAUUUUACAUGCUCAAAAUAUAGAAAUUAACAAGAAUCUAUAAACUGUAAGUUCUCAAAUCUAUAAACAUGGUCCCCAUGCCGACAGGUUAAGUAAUAAUUGAAUUCAACAAUAUUUUGGUAAUGUGUACAUUUAUGAAGAGGCUACUUCAAUCCUAAUCUUCUCCAAGACUCCACUGAAAUAAAUCUUGACUUUUAUAGUAAAAUGAAGUGUAUGUUUAUAUUUCUGAUAUACAAGUAUGGGAUCUGCUAUCCAGCAAGCUCUGAAUUACAAGUAGGCCAU